AUGAAUACGUCGUUCGAAGACCGAAUUGCCGAAAGAUAUGACCGAGCACUUCAACGUGGUGAACUACAAUAUAUAGAAAGUGAAGUGACCCACAUAAGAGAAAAAGACAUUGAAGUAUGUUUGGCCAAGAAACCCACCGGUAAUUUGGGGGCGAGAGAUGAAAAGCAACAAAAACCUAAAGUUGACCCUUUUUUACCCUAUAAUCAAGAUUUAUUCGUGCAAGAACACGGAAAACAUGUUAUAUUAUUAAACAAGUUUUGUGUAGUUCCAUGCCAUAUCCUAGUUGUCACCAAAGAUUUUGAAAAACAAACAGAUCCUCUUAAUCCAGAGGAUCUGGAAAGUGUAUGGUAUUGUAUGAUGCAUAUUAAAAGUCGACCAUCUCUCGCAUUCUAUAAUUGUGGUGAUGUUUCAGGUGCAAGCCAAUCACAUAAACAUAUUCAAAUAAUUCCUUUAUCAAACGAUGUACGAUUUACUCCUCCUAUUAAUGCUUGUAUUUAUGGGGCUCAAGAAUUUAAAAAACCGGGUGAGGUUUUUGACGUUCCCGAACUACCAUAUGUUCAUUAUAUAAUUCUUCUCGAGCCACAGCGAUUAAGCGGUCAUCAUGGGCACCACGGAGAAGUGAGCCAAUAUCUGAAUGAUGUAUUUCAUUCAUUGCUUGAUGCUAUGAUCGAAGGUUUACACAGACAAUCUUUCUCGAUAGGUCACAAUCCUUUGUCCUACAAUCUAGUUAUGACUCACACAUGGUUCAUGAUCGUACCUAGGAGUAAUGAAAAGUAUAAAGAAAUUUCAGUGAACUCUUUAGGGUUUGCUGGAAUGCUACUUACGCGAAGUGAGGAGGAAUUAGAACUUGUGAAAAGCUCAGGAGUGUUGAACGUUUUGGAAGGUGUAGCAAUUCCUAGACAGAAUGAUAUUGUCAUGGAUGAAAUGUAA